AUUGACAGAGAUGUAGUGAAUCGUUUGUAAGCAUGGUGCUAGGCGUAGGGGGUUAGAAAUAGGUCUGAGACCGACGUUGUAUGAAGAAUGGGGGCUCAACAAGGAAAAGAGAAUAAGACUGCUGGAAAAAGCAAAGGGAAACAAAAAGAACCAUCCCGACCUCCACCGGGGACUUUUUUUGAGCCGGCUGAUUCCCUCCUGCAGACACGCCCCCUCCCAGAUGCGCCCUCUAUUGGUGAUGUUCUCAACACAAAAUGGAUGUCGAAAGAGAAUCUGUUGGCCAGUCAGAACGAGGAUGAUCCAAAUCUCUUUGUUGCCCUUUACGACUUUCAGUCAGGGGGAGACAACCAGCUCAGCAUUGUUAAAGGUGAACAGGUGACCAUCUUGGGCUACAACAAAGGAGGUGAAUGGUGCGAGGUCAAGAACAAGGCUGGUGACAUCGGCUGGGUGCCUAGCAACUACAUUGCACCUGUCAACAGUCUUGACAAAUUUUCUUGGUACCAUGGACAGAUUUCUCGGAAUGCAUCUGAAUAUCUGCUCAGUAGUGGCAUCAAUGGCAGCUUCCUGGUCAGGGAGAGUGAGAGCAGCCCCGGUCAAAGGUCAAUAUCAGUUCGGUUUGAAGGAAGGGUCUACCAUUACAGGAUAAGCGAGGAUUCAGAUGGAAAGGUAUUUGUGACCCAGGAGCACCGCUUUAACACUCUGGCAGAGCUUGUCCACCACCACUCCAUACAUUCAGAUGGCCUGGUUACCACACUAUUAUACCCCGCACCAAAACGCACCAAACCUACUGUAUUUGGCCUCAGUCCUGAGCCAGACCGAUGGGAGAUCGAACGCACGGAAAUUGCAAUGAAACACAGGCUAGGUGGAGGGCAGUAUGGAGAUGUAUAUGAAGCAAUUUGGAAGCGAUACAACAAAACUGUGGCUGUGAAAACACUAAAGGAGGAUACGAUGGCCCUGAAGGAUUUCCUGGAGGAAGCAUGUAUCAUGAAGGAGAUGAAACAUCCUAACCUGGUACAGCUGCUGGGUGUGUGUACAAGAGAACCACCAUUUUAUAUAGUAACAGAGUUCAUGACACAUGGUAACCUUCUGGACUUCCUGCGAGGGUCCCCAAAGGGGGAGGUAGGUGCUACCAUACUUAUGCAUAUGGCCACCCAAAUAGCAUCAGGAAUGGCCUAUCUAGAGACCAGGAUGUUUAUCCACAGGGAUCUGGCAGCCAGGAACUGCCUGGUAGGAGAAAACCAUCUAGUCAAAGUGGCAGAUUUUGGGCUAGCCAGGCUGAUGAAGGAUGAUACCUACACAGCUCACGCUGGUGCCAAAUUCCCCAUAAAGUGGACGGCUCCUGAGGGACUGGCCUACAACCGUUUCUCCACCAAGUCAGAUGUAUGGGCGUUUGGAGUAUUGCUUUGGGAGCUGGCUACCUAUGGCAUGUCGCCUUAUCCUGGAGUGGAACUUACGGAGGUCUACCACCUACUGGAGCGAGGCUACAGGAUGGACCGUCCCGCUGGGUGUCCAGCAAAUGUCUAUGAACUGAUGAUGAGAUGUUGGCAUUGGGACCCGAAGGACCGUCCAACAUUCAAGGAUAUACACAACUCAUUAGAACACAUGUUUGAGAAGUCCAGUAUUAGUGAAGAGGUUGAAAAGGAGUUGGAGAAGAAUGAUACAAAACGAGUGCCCUCAAAGAAAGGUCGUCAGCCACCUAGUAUGGAUGGGAGUGAACACCUAGAGGGUCGUAUCAGCGCAGGUCCAACACCCCCUGCAGGCAGGCGUGUGUUACCUCUAAUGGAGGACACAGAACUGACGCUACGACAAACCAGCAAGUCUUUGUCCAAAUCACGCAAAAAGGGAGGCCCGGCUCCUGCCCCACCACGUAGAACUACAUCGUGUAAGGACACACCGGAAAAUCCCAAAGAUAUGGAGAAUGAAUUGAAAGCAAAAAUGAAACUGCAGAAGGCUAAGAUAGAAAGUUCUACUCUUGUGGAGCAGUAUGAUGAAAAUGAAACCCUAGAAAGGGACUCAUCAGCUGGAGAUUUCACUCCCAUGAUGGUAACACUUCAACCAUCUAAAAGAUUUGAACUAGGUUCACCUAAAACUUUCCAAAGGAUGGAUUCAAAGGAAGCUUUAAAGGAGAAUAGAAUGGAGGAUAGUGGUAUUUCACAAAGUAGUACCGAGAGUCUAAAGCGAGCACAGAUAGACAAAUCAAAAUAUUUGAUUAAUACAGAUAGUGCUGUCAAAUCUGGCCAGUUUGAACACUCACAAGAGCGAAGUAGUGGCAGGAAAUUCUCACUGCCAUACCAUCGUGAAACUGUACGCCAAUCAGACUUAGAAAGUAAAAAAGUUGACCAGGGGACAAGCACUUUUGAGGAAGGUACGGACGCAACUCCUUUAGUAACUUAUAAAGGUAAACAAUAUCCUAAAAAGGCCCUGCCUCUCCCGCAACAGGCAAUGGGCAUUCCACGUAGAAAAUACUCAUCUGAAAAUGUGCAACGAUUUGAGUCUACCCAGUUGAUAAGAGGGCGAGGCUCACUAGAUGCUGAAAGUGAGAGUGUGACCAUAGGUAAAUUAGAUGUGGAUAAUGUUACCAAAGCCAUUAGUAGGUAUGGAACCAUUCCAAAGGGGCGUAGAAUUGAAGCAUACCUUGCAUCAAUGGAGAGUGGAACUGAGCGAAAUCCAGUCCAGGAACUUCCCCAAGUAGAGGACCAUGACUCUGGGACAGACACUGCCAGCAUUUCCUCAUGUCCAGUGCUCCUACCAGAGGCUUCAGCAGCUAAGGUAGUACCCAGCACUGAGGCAAACAUCAUUAAACCUGAACCCAAUGUAAAACCAUCAGCUUUUGUUAAAUCACAAUCACAGCACACAAUUGUUGAGAAUUCCACUUCUCAUCAUGGAGCUCUUCUUCAGAGACAUAAAUCUGAUUUGACACAUGGAGCCAUGCCUGUCACUAUUGACCCCUCGCAACCCCAAAAACAUUACUCUGACCCCAAGCCUAAACCCAGCCCCCGGCUGUCUCGUAUGUUCACAGACCACGGUGAGGCCAAUAGCCACGAGGGCCAUGAGCCACUGUCGUCUGUACCAACUCCAGUGUACAAGUCACUGGGACCCCCUCUUGACUACAGCCCUGGUAGUACCACAGACUCUACUGUUAUAGAAAGUCCUGAAUCCAUUGAGGCACGACUUAAACAUAGUGCCGACAAGGGUCAACCUCUGCGACCCCAGUUCACACACAAGUCACGUUCCUCAUCCACAGGGGACUAUCCACGGCCAGAAGACACAACACCAGAUGAAAACCAGUGGGCAAGUGUUAAUGCAGCAAUGCAACAGCACAUGCAAAUUGCUCAAAACCAGCUAGAGGAUAAACAGGGUGCCUCUUUCUUAUCUAAAGUAGCCAUGUUUCAGUCACAGGGACCAGGAUCAAGUGAGUUCAGUUCCUUCAAACCAUUCACACGCGGGGAAAGUGGGCGGGAAUCACUGAGAGAUGACAAAUCGACAAGUAGUACAAAGUCGGACAUGAGGAAAAGUGAACCUCGUGUAGAAAUGCAACCAUACAAACCCACAGCUAGUAAAGAUGACAAUAUCUACAAGCCUGUAUUACCAAAGAUGACGGCAUCAUCGGGUGGGAUGAACCCUCUCAUGUCAAAGUCAAUGAUAGAUACUCUAGAUACUGUACCAGAGAGCUACUUACAUGGACAGAGCUCAGAUUCAGACACACCUAAGGUUUCACGUGAAACUAUUCUGGACUCGUCUGGUAAUUUAAAAGGCUGUAUUGAUUCCUUAUUAGCAACUGGAAAUAAAUCUAGCACAAAUUUCAUGGUACUUUCAGAACAAGUGCUAAAUUUCCAUGAGCAGUGUUCACAUUUUAUUGACUCUCUUCCUCCACACGCAAAGUUCCAUGCGCGAGAACUUUUGUCACGCCUGCAGUUGCAUAGUGAAAAUCUGAAAAAAUUUAGUAGUACAAAUCCAUCAGGAGGAGGUAAACUUUUAAGUGAUAUCAAACUGACUGUUCAGGAAGUCAUUGAUCUUAUACAAAGGUGAAAAGUGAGGUUUCCAUUUCUGAAAAAGAAAAUUAGAAAAAUUGACUGAGGAUUUGCUUAAAGUCUACUUAAGUUCAAUUUUCAUUUUUUGCAUUUUUUCAAGAAAUAGGGACCAUGCUGUGUUCUUGGUAUUUGAUAGAUCUUAAAAACCAAAGUGAAAGUUGAUGUGAUGUGUUUUACCAAACCUGAGGUAUAUCAAUUCAUAAGUGCAAGGUAUUCUUUCAUGGAUGUGAAAAGUUCACUGGUGCAAGAGUCACGGAAUAUGAAAGGUCUUUGAUCUACAUACAUUUAGAGGUGAAAGGUCAAUUGAAGUGAAAGGUUCCAGUGUGACAUUAAAGAGGCACUUUGUACCGAGAUGUUGUGAGUUGUGGUACAGAUGGGAAACUUUUCAGAGUAGCAUUGUCAUGUAUGACAUGUUCCUAUAUUAGUUAUGUUUAAGUCAUAUAUGUCAAUAUUCACACCAAAUAAAAUAUUGUCAUUUUGUUUGUUUUGUAGAAAGAUCAAAAUCUCCAUUUUCCCAUUUAUUUUUUUUUUUUUUUUAUGGAACAUAUCCUUUUUUCGCAUGAAAUUCCAACUCUAACAAAACUUGAUAAAAGAACACAAAUAAUGGUGAAGGAUUUUCAUGAAGCCAUCUUCAUCAUUACUUGAUGUGUGUAUGAAACAAGAUUCGUCUGGGUUCUAGUCUGACGUAACCAGUGAUAAAAACUCUUUAUAUGAAGUGAUUCAUUACAAAAAUAAAUUCACAACCUAUUGCCAAAUAUAACUUAUCUAGAAUGCUACCAUUAACUAUGUAUUUUAUGGUUUAACACUGGUGAACAAGUUUGAUACAGAAACAUAUAUAACGUAAAAACAUAACAAUAUUUAUAUAG